GAUGCCAUCUUAAUCUCGUCAAUCGUAGCGUAGCGUCGUCCUUUCAUGGGCCUCUUCAGUUUCGGCAACAAGAAAAAGUCACUGGGGGUCAGAUCUCGGGAAUACGGUGGCUGUGACAUCAUUCGUGUGCUGUUUUUGACAAAAAAGUCGCACACAAGCGACGAUGUGUGAGCAGGGGCGUUAUCGUGAUGCAAAAGCCAAUUUUUGUUCUUCCACAAACCUGGGCAUUUCUGGCGGAUGGCUUCACGCAAAUUACGCAUAACUUGCAGAAUGAAAAAAGUGCUUACAACUUUUGAACGAGAUCACUGAAUAAAACAAAGAUGUCUGCAUUCCAACAUAAUACAUUUAAUCUUCAAAUGGCACAAGACUACUUUGCACACUUAAAUCCGUUAGCCCAACGUAUUGCGUCUGAUAUAAGCAUGACAAAAUUGUCAUAUGGUCAACUUUGGUAUGCAAUGAAGCUAGGCGAGCAAAAUGAUAUUUUAAACGAAACUCUGAUAAAGCCGGAAAUAUCUUUAAUGUAUUUUGAUAAAUUUUCAUCAUCGAUUGCGCCAUUAUCAACAGACCUAUCAUCAUCCGCCAGUUCAUCAUCUGCUGAUGUAAGGGUUACAAGUGCAGAAAAUAUUUUGCAAAGCUUACCAAGAAGAAAAGAACAAAAAUGCUCUAUUAAAAUUAGUGGUAGCUUAUCAACGAACUCUUUAAUGGAUGCGAUUCGAAAGCAGAGUAAAAAUUUGCUCUCAAAUACCUUAGCUGCCCGAGCUCAACAAACAAUGGCUUUGCAUCUUCAUGGAAAAUUGAGGCCACCAUCGUCGCUACCACCGCCACAACCUAUUGGUAUCGCAAAAGCUUCAAGGGCAGUAAACGCUAACGAAGCCAAAUCCAGCUUGGGGUUGUGUAAAAAGUUGCGUAAUAAGCACGAGAUGAUAACUUUCGAUGGACGUAAUCAUGAUAUAUAUGCCGGACAGAGUGCUGCUCGUAAAAUUGUUUAUGACGACGUGUUGGGGACAUACCGCGACGAACAUUCUCGACCUUUUAGUUAUCGUACAAACUCACAGAAUAACUUGAAACAUUCAAAAGCUACCACCGAUGAUAUGUAUUUACUUUCGAAAGAGCCUAGCAAUGAAAAUAUAACAGCAACUAUAGUUGUCACCAAAAACUACAAACAGCUGCAGCAGGAGCUGAAAAAAACCUUGAAGAGGCAGUUGAAGUAUACUAAGAACGAGAACUACACCAAUGUCAACACUGUUAAUAGGAUUAUUUAUAAAAGAUUAUAUAAUUCGAACGAUAGAGACCCACCUAAAAAUUUCGUUGCGGAUAAAUGCUUGACGCCUAUCCCACAACAAAGAUUAAUGCCUCAGCCUGAUAAAGUAAACUUGAGCUAUUCCUUGAGCAAUACACCGGAUAUUACAUGUUUACGUAAUGUCGAACUAAAGCAGCAAAAUGGUACUUACGCUGACUACACAGAUGCCUACUUCGAAGAAGGUGAGUCUGCAAUCUUCAUGUACAAUUGUAAUAACAGCGAAAUUCCAACUGCAUCCUUAAACUGGUCAUCAGCUUCAUCUGAUGAAGACGAACACAAGAACUACAAGGCGAAAGAUGAUGUGAAGAUAUGCGAAAAUAUCAAAUUUUUGGAGAACGAUACUAAUUUACGAAAGGGGUUCGAUUUUCUUAAUAAUUGGUAGAGUAUUUAUACUAUUAAUCGUAAAAUAACUAGUAGACGUACAGAGAAAUAA